AUGGGGCACUCGUACCGCACCUGCCCCAAAGCCCUAAACAACAUUGAAUCCAUCUGGAGUAUGGAUCCGGUGGAGAUGGACUCAGCUGGGUUAGGGGAAGUGGUGGCUGGACCGUCGGCUGUCUCCGUCCCUGGCAUGACGGUCUCCAGGUCUCAACCGCUGUCCAUCCUCCCCCUGGUCUCAAACGUAACAUCUGAGGCCCCAGUGACGGCUGCCAGCUCACGUCCUCAUGAUAAGGUUAGUGUAGGCACUUCCAGCACUGGUGUGGUUGUCCCCGAGUCGCCUGGUCCCUCUCCUACAGUUAAUAUCCCCCUGGUUAAGACUAUUCCCCUGGCACUGUCCCCUGAAUCCCAUGAGUUGGUGUGGAAAGAAGUAAAGUCUAGAAAUCCCCCUCCUUCGAAGGUCUCAGCUCCCUCCCUGCCCCAGAAGACUGCCAAGCCCCCUGCGGUGCAGCCCCAGGAAAACGGUGAUGUGAUAAAGGGUGGCAAGGCAAAGGAGGCCGCCUCCUCUUCCGUCGUGCAGGAUGCCCUUAUCGAAUAG